AUGACCCGCGUAAAAGACACUUAUGAUCGCAAAACGUUUUCGCGACAAGAAUGGAAAGAAUAUGUGCUGGAAUCGGCACUCCCGUUUGACGUGGUUGGCUCCGGACGCAAUUUCGCCGCAGGAUCCGAUUCAACCGCUAAAAGAACGUGUUUGGAGCCGUCUAUUGCACCUCUAUUGCUCAAUUACUUUGUAGUGAUGAGCUACGAGGAAUCCAGCGUUCGUAUGGCUAGAGAACUCGGGUACGUUCGCAACAACAAAGACGCUUCCACUUUCAACCGCAUUUACAAGAUCAAAGAACGUGCUCGUGUGCGAGAGCUUAUCAAAGCCGGAAAAAUCCUGGAAGCCAUCGAGCAAAUUUACACCGAAUUCGGCGUGCAAGUCUUGGAAAAAGCUAGCAUAAGCAUCGAGGACGGCUCCAAGACCAAUGACGAUGACGACGACGACCUGCAUUUCAAACUUUUGCUGCUAAAUCUUAUAGAGAUGAUCCGGCGACACCAUCAGAGUGGUGCGUCGCCGGAGGAAUCCAAUGAGUUCAUUUUGGAGCUCAUCGAGUACUCUCAGGAAAGGCUGGCCCUCAAGGCAGAUUCGAACACACAGUACAUGAAAGAGCUGGAACUCGUAAUGACGCUUCUAUUGUUUCCAAUGGAAAAUUCCUCAGAGAAGGGCGUCAACAUGGCGUUACCAAAAAGUCUGCGUAACUUAUAUUCGCUUUCCCUGCGUACCAAAAUCGCAGACCUCGUCAAUCGUAAGCUUUUGGAGUCAAUGCACCCGCAAAUAUCCGCUGCUACAGAGGACGGCAAAUUCCCCGACCUUAUAGGUUUCAACACCUCACAUCAAGACGCCAACAAUUACAAUGGUAUGUUCUUAUCCACGGUCGACGAGGACGCCGGAUUCGACAUCCCAUCAAAUGAAGAUUCCAACCAUCUAGGCUCCACUUCACAAACGUCUUUUGAGCAAAAACCCUGGCAACAAAGCUCAUGGAAAACUACUAGUCGUCUCCUUCAGCAACGGGAGCAGGAAUUCGAAGGCACUUCGACCGAUAAUUACAAGCACGCCAAGUACGAGGCUCGACUAAACCAGGUUAUGAAGUUGUGGGCUUGGUGUGAGAAUCAACUUCACCACUGUGGUGUAGGUGUACCUCGCGUCGAAGGGGGGGUUUAA